UUGCACGGCCUAUAAAUGAAAUGGCAGAGCCCGCAGGGGCAAUGUCACUUCAAGGUAGGAUGAUAAGAGGUAUGGACCGGUGUGAGAGACGGUCCAGGCCUCUUGAUAGAGGGGCAGAGUUUAAUGGAGGGGUUGGGACCAGGGAUAGAUCCCGGUCCCAGCAGGAUGAUGUGGGUUUUAAGAGGAAAAAGACCCAGGGUUGUCCCGUGUGUGGAUUAAGGGCAAGAUCGAUAAGACACCAUGUUGAGGCCCGGCAUUUUCCGCCUGUGUUUCGUCGGGAGGCAUGGGAGAAUCCGGAAAAGGACCAUGUGCGGUUUAGAGGGGUAAUAUGCGUCAUCAAUAGUCUGGGUCUCCAGAGCUUUGAUGAGGCUAUGCUUUUCGUGGGCCGCCAGAGGUUAUCAAUUUCGGAGCAGUCCUGCCUGAACGACAAGGACCAGGUCUGGUUAGAAAGGGUCUCUCGCAGGUUUAUGUUUUACAUUCCCCCUAUAUUCCACGUUGCACGGGUAAACUCGCGAGCGCUCCUCUUCCACUGGAGAGUGUUGGCCGCGUUGCUGAAGCUAUGCAGCCAAGAGGUAAGAGACGAUUUCUUUGCCCAAAGGUUUGUCAGGCGGCGCGGCGUGGUCCAGGUGACUGGGUCGACUCAGGCAACUGAGUUGAUGCAGAGAUCCGGACCAGAUUGUUGUGUAGCGGCCCAGGCUACUGGGUCGACUCAGGCAACUGAGUUGGUGCAGGGAGCUGGAUCAGAUCGGAGUGUGGUCAUGGAGGCUCAGGCGACUGUGUCGAGUCCAGAGAUGGAUUUGAUUCAGAGACCCGAGCCAGUCACUUGUGUAGAAAAAGGGGCCCAGGUGAUGGCGUUGACUCAAGUGGCAGAGUCGGUCCCAGAGCCCGGGUCUCUAGGGAAUGAGUGUGAAUUGGGUGAUGACUUUGAAAUUGCACCUGUGGUUCAAGAGUGGAUUUCGGUUAGGAAUGCUGAACUCACCGCGUUCGACAGCCACUUUCACUUGGACCGCAGUUAUAAGACGACCAAGGUUGGUUCUAUUGAGGCGUUGGUGGGGCAUACCGUGGGGCCAAUGCCUGAGGUACCAGUGCGGGUAAAUGGGGGAGUUGCAGUUUUCUGCGAUCCACCCAACUACCCAAGGGAAUAUCCCAGUGUCACUGGUUUCGGGUCGGCUGUCGGGGUACAUCCUAAGGCGCCUCUAAGGGACGUUAAAGGGGUGGUAGGACAGGUGGAGAGAGAGUUGAGGAAGGAUGGGGUGGUAGCGCUUGGAGAGAUCGGUUUAGACAGAACCGUGCCUGAAAGAGAGUGGGGUAGGCAGGAGGAGAUGUUUGUAGGGCUGUUGGAGCUGGCUUGCCCUAGGCGACCAGUUAUUUUGCAUAUUCGGGGGCAGGACACGUACUCUUGUGAGGCUAGUGCCCUUGCCCUCCGACUCAUGCAGAAGAACGUUAGUCCGACUCAGCGGAUACACCUCCACUGCUUCACGGGAACUCUCGAUCAGGUUCUGAGUUGGUCCGCUGCAUUUCCCCGUUGCUACUUUAGCAUCUCAGGUCUGGCUGCGCGUUUUGAUGAGGUGCAAAAGUCAGCUGUGCGAGGGAUUCCGGCCGACCGACUCCUAGUUGAGACCGAUUCUCCUUACUUGCGAGUCCGAAGUAAGAAAGACAAUACUCCGGCGUACGUGGGUGAAGUUGCAAAUACGGUGGCCCAGAUCCGAAAGGAGACCCUCAGGGGGAUAUUGCGCACUACUGCUGAGAACGGCAGGCGUCUUUAUAACCUGUAGGGUUCGGAUACUGGAAAUAGUCUGUUGGCGAGUUGGGGAUCGAACCAUAUGAGGGUGACGCGGUUGCGCGCGCCCUUUAACUAGUGAUUGAGGCGGUCGGAUGUCUGUUAAACACUGGCCAAGGGGCGUCGAUAAUAGAAUGUGUCAGGAUUCAGUGAUGUGGUCUAUGCUUAAGGAAACGGUUGGUCAAAUUAUCAAAUGAGUGCUCUUGGUUUAAAAAUAAAUAAAUAAAAUACAAAGGUCACAUGGUGAUAAAUAAAUAAAAUACAAAGGUCACAUGGUGAGUGGGUAAUGCAAAGGAAAAAACUAGCCAGGAAUGUUUCUGUAAGUAUGAGAUCAUAUUGUGUGGUCUUGGAACGUGGUAUAGGGGUGUGGCAGACUGUCUUGGUGGGGUGAAGAGGAGGGCUAUAAAAUGGGGAGGAAUAUGGUAAAAUUGACCGGAUUGUCAGUGGACCAUCCCGACCGUUUUGCCCUAUUGCCCUCUUUACCGAAGAACGCGCGAAUGACGUAAUCAUGACGAGAGUGUGUGCAGUAAACAACCCUCUUGACAGGACGUUCCUUUAUAUCUUGCGGAGAGUAUCUCUGCGCUUGUACACACUGUAGACGAUGGAAUCUACCCCAAGCAACUUGCUUAGGUAAGUUCUAUAGUGUUUUAUAGCAUAAGUACUAUAC